AUGCUACCGCGGGCGCUAGGCAGGCAGUGUGAGGGAAAGAUGGCCGCCGACGUGAGUGUCUGGCCUCUGGAAGAGGAUGGGAGCAUGUCCGUCGGGGAGGAACUGCUCAGUUCCACUUAUCAUAAGAAUCUGAAUGUUAUCAUCGCGUUGACGAAGAAUCUUGCGAUGAAGAUUUACGACGUCAGUUCGGGGCAUGUCGUCUACGAAGCGUCGAAAUUCAAGGAAUUUUGUUUUGGUAAUGAUGUUACCUUGGAUUACCUACCUGGAUUGGACAAGCUGUUGGUUGUGGAGAGAUCUGUUGGAACUGUGGGAAUCCGUAAAGAUCAUCAGGGUGUGCUACUUCUAGAUAGCAUUCUUCAAACUCCCAAACAAGCACAAGAUUUGGAUAGCAUGGCCAUGGAACUCAUUUUGCAAGAGGGAAUAGUUUUCAUGCAGUCUCUCCAGAAUGUGCCAUUGGCUCAGUAUGAAGAUGAUGUUGCACCUUUAUUGACACAGUUAUUGACAGAAGUAAAAGCUAUGCAAAAAUCAAUUCACAAAAACCCAAAGAUGGCCAAGUGGGCAACAAUUCAUGUGAGGCGACCUCUUGAUGGCCUUCGGUCAGUUUCCCGAGCAAUAAUGCAAGAGUUACGCCAGAAAAGCCACUGUGUCAACAUACCUGCUCUACCAGUGGCAGCUGCGAUAUCAGAUCGGGUCCAAGUCAUGGAAUCAAGCACUAAGGAUGAGAUUGUAGUGCUCACAUCAGUUUAUAAUAUCAACGAUCGGAGUCUAAUGAUCAGUGAAGCUGCCCGACGGGAGACCUUUGCUGCUUGGCCACAUUCUCUCUACAAGUGGGCAAGACCAGAUCUAAUGGCACAGGCUGGAUUCUAUCACAAUCCUGUAUCAUCUGGGGAUGAUCGAGCCAUGUGCUUCACGUGCACUGUUUGUCUUGUGUGCUGGGAGCCUACUGAUGAACCCUGGUCCGAGCACGAGAGACAUUCUCCAUCGUGCCCUUUCGUGAAAGGAGAAUACACUGAAAAUGUACCUGUUUCUGUCUCCUAUGCUACUGCCCCUGCCCUGAGCCAUGGGGAGAGUUGGGAAAGCAUUGCAUGCAUUAGUGCAUCAUCCCAUUCUCAGCUUGUUGCUACUUCCACUCGUGAUGGACAUAUAGUAGUAUGGAAUGCUACACGUCUACUCAAGAAAGAAGUUGAGCUACACCUGAUCUCAAGGGAAGUAUACAGUGAUGAGCAUCUUACCCAGCAAGUCAAGCAUCCCCAUGUGACCAAAGAAGCAUGGGUGGAGCCAAAAGUGAAGUCACAUGAGGAAAAUUUACCAGAAGUGGAUGGGGGGAAAACAGCACUAGAAGUGGAAGCUCCCAUGGACAGUGAAAAAAUUGAACUCAACCCCUUGGAACAUCUCUCUGAUCUCCUUGAUCACAUCUCGCAAGUGUUUCGCAAGGACGAAAUCCACGUGACAUCAAUCUGUAUAACAGGUGGAGAGCUGAAAGAUCCUAGUUUCUUACUGUCUGCUUCAGAGGAUGUCAGUAAGAAGGCUGCUGAAGAGGCAAAGAGUAUGCCACCUGUCCUCAUUGUGGGUAUCUUGGUUGACGAUGAUCUGAAAAAGCGGCGUCAGAAGUCACCUCAGGAUGAUGCAAAUGCCUCUUCUAACCAUCUCUUUCCCUGUCUUCUGGUCUAUAAUAUAUGUCAAAAGGGUCCAGAGUAUUAUCACUUAGAAAAGAGGAAGUCAAGCUCCACACAGGGCUCCAAUGGGAAGACAAGACGUGUGAGGAAGUACCUACCCAGUCAGAGUUCGACAUCCUCAGCUCCUGUUGACAUGGCUGACUCUGAGGAAGAGGAAGAAGAAUUUUUUGAAUGUCUUGGCUUAGACACAACUGAUGCAAGUGCCAUCAGUCCUCCAACAUCUGCUACUGUGACAGAAAAACCUGACAGUGUCCCUGAGCCACCUCCUGUCCAGAUUAGUGAACAUGCUCCUGCAUAUGAGGCUGUGAUGGUUCAAGUCCUUCAUCUGCCUGCCCCUGUUGGAACCAGAGACUGCCAAAUAAAAUUUAUUGAGGGGUUACCCAAUGGGAAAGGAGUGCUUGUAGCUGCAGUUCCUGAAGAUGAAAGUGAGAAGUCAUUUUUAAUGGUGUAUCAUAUCAAUGAGGAAGGGGAUCGAGCCAUGCUGCAAGAGGAACCGUCUAAGCUGGUACGAAUAUAUGGUCAUCCCACGGCCCUGUCAGUGCUUCCUCCAGACUUCAGUGAAGAUCUUCAGUAUUCUGGACAAGUUCCAGGGAUGGCCUUUGCGGCUGUGGCCACUGACAAAGGCUGGCUUCGAGUCUACGAGUUGACCACUCUGAAUACAUCUGCAUGUGCUUACACGCGUUCUGAGCAGAUGUCACAUGUCAUAUCCAUCUUUUAUUGUUCAAGCAUAGACAGAUUGUGCUGUGUCUUCUCAAGUGGACACCUAUACUUCUUCCAUGUGAAGUCAAAGCUGGGUAGUGAAUGGGGGCCCAUAUUGGAAGCUCCAGAAUCCUCCAGUUUGGGAUCCUACAUUUCUCAGAAAGCUGAAGUUGGAUCUCCUGUGAAGCGAUCUCGCCUUGCAUCAGACUCAGGAGGACUGUGCCGAUGGCCACAUUUGACCGGUAGACUGAUGGCGCAUUUUGAACUCAUACCCAAUGACCGAUCACCUGGAAGCGAUAAGGAGCAAGUGUUCGAACUAACUCUCAUCCGUGCCGCCAUAGUGGGCCACAUUGACUUGCGCUUCUCACUUUCUCCUGGUGCUCCUCCACCCAACAUUCAAGUGACUGUAUUGAAGCAGAACAGAGCACCAGUGACUCAAGCCAAGAAGGACUCUAGAGUUGAUUCUUGUGUCUCAUUUCCCCUUUCUCAGAAAAGUCAAGCAUCCCUGGAAGAGGUUGCAGAUUCAUACAAUGCAGAGAUCUUAUGUGGACCUGUGGAUUUAGUAAAAUGUUUAGAUUUGAGUGGCAGCGAAGGUGUGGUCACUCUCACCAGCCCUAAAUUGGUCACUUCCCGAUGCAAGACCUUCCUUAUCCAUCUCAGGGAUAUGUCACCUAAAGAGGAUCAUAAUGGGAAGGAAGGAGAUUGGAAGGAUGGGAGUCCUCAGUUCCCUCAACCACCACCUCCUUUCUGGAAUUAUAAGAAGUUCCGUCGUGGAACUCAGCCUUUGGCUCAGACUCAGAGCAGCAUUGAAUAUCCAGGAACUUCUGCUCGUGCAUACAAAGAUUCCCACCCUGCAGGAUGCCAUCUCCUGACGGAGAUUGCCAUCACAGUCCGAAAAUUUAAGAAAUCAAACAAUCAAGUUGAUAGGGUGGAAAGGCCAUUUCUUCUGUACUCUUGGGAGUUCCAUGAGCGAUUGCUCAAUGUGGCAAUCCGGCAGACACAAGUGGAAGGAACCAAGAAUCAAGAAUCAGCCCAGAUUUUGGCUCUUGACAUCUUGAAUUGGAUAGCUGGAACCCAGGCCCAAGCAACAAGCAUGAGAGAAAAGAGCAUUUUCCCUCUUAUUUCCUCCCACUUGAACCAACUUGUAGGUUCAUGCAUAAUUCGUGGACAUCGAACCCUGGCACAUAAGGCAGCCAUCCUCCUCAUCACAUACCUGGAGCAAGAUGAAGUAAAUGAAGAUGGGAAUGAGCGAUCAGUGUCAAAGGAUCUUCUGUCUGUCCUGGUUGAGUGGUUACCCGGUACAUUGGAGUCCCAGUCUGCUGGUGCACUGCACUGGUUCUUCCUUUUUCUCAAUCACCUGAUGAAAAGUCUUCCCUCAAACACUGCAUGGCCCAGGGUUAUUGAACUGUUGCUGGAAAUUUCACGUCAACUGCAGCAGAGAUCCAACCCAUAUUACUCCAUAUUGCAAUCACGCCUCAUGAUUGCAGCAUUGAAGGCCCUCAAAUAUGCAAAGCCAGGCGAGAAGUACAUGACACGAUUGGCUCGCACAUUGAAUGUCUUGAAGCUUCGCACAUGGCAUAUGUAUGGAUUGUAUGGGAUCCCAUUUGAGAGUGAACUGUUUGAUAUUGAUCCUCCGGAGAUCAUCCCAGCUUCCUCAAAUCCAGUGACAUUUGCAAGUGUCUGCUCUGCAUUUGGUGGUGCGGGUCCUGCCUCGGGAUCAGUUUGGAGCCCCUGCCCCGUAAGCAACAUCAACAACAAUGCUGGCCACAGCAACAACAACAACAACCUCAGCAGUGGUGGAGGUGGGAGAGGCAAUGGAGAGUCCAGGGAUUCUUCAUCUCCAUUCGGGAAUGGGGAAGAUCUAGACCUCCGCCGAUUAGUGAACUUGUGGGGAAAUGACAUAUCGGCUUCCAGCUCUGCAUUGCUACGAGGACUUGUACCAAAGUCAACUUCUCAGUUGAAGGGAUUGCUGGAAGUAGAGCCUCUGCAUUUUGUCUGUCACUCAGCUAGUGAUGGAACAAGAUUGGAAGCUGUGCAUGUUGGUGCAGGAACAAGUCAUGGUCCAUCGGUUUCUAAUAUCACCAUGGCAUCCUCCCUGCCAUUAGACAUUGGCUCAAGGUCAGGAUCACCCAGUGAGCAAAAGGAAGGUGUACUCCAAUUUGCAAUUGAUCACAAUGAUGACUCACAGAGACAGCAUCAAAUGGAAGACAAUGGAAACAACAAUGCAGGGGAGGAUUCAAGCAACACUGAAGACAUUCCUGACUGGGUUGAUGUGAAGCUUGUGGCAAAAUCCUGGCUAAGGCUUCUUCAGGUUCCAAUGCAAUAUAUGAUGAACAUCGAGCGCAUGCAUUCUGGGGCUCGAAGAUAUGUUAUCCUGGAUUUUGAGCAGCCUGUGUAUCUCACAGACAUCUUCUUUCCUGCCUGCUCUGAUCUCAUCUCGGUUUCCAUUGAUGUGUGGCUUGAAAAAGAAGAUGUGGACGGAGAUCGGAUAGUUCUUGCGGUUGAUAUUGGAAGUAGGGACCUGCUCCUAUCUGAUCUUCAUCCACCUCCCAUUUGUCGGUAUCUUAAGGUGACAGCAAUUGGGAGGUAUGGGAUGAACACAACUAAGUGUCGCAUCCCAAUAGGGAUGUUCUAUGGCCAUUCCCUGCUUGUAUCUCAGGAUGGUGGGACUUUAGAUUCCAAGCAUAAGUCUGCCAUCAAGGAGUGUUUGCAGCUGCAGCAGCAGCUGAAUCUUGUUCGAAGUGUGAUGCAGCACAUUAGACAAUUGGAAGGAACCUCUUUCAAUCAAGGAGACCACAGGAUAUCAUGGGACUCAAGGACUUUGCGACAGGACAUCAAGGGAGUCUGUACAGACAAGCUCCAGAAGAUCUCAGCAUAUCUUCUUGGCAUCCUUUCUCAAAUGGCCCUCACACCACCUUUUCUGCCAAAAAUGAUGGGAGAGCUAUUGACUGAGGAGCGAUGUAGUGAACUGUUCUGGCACCUGUGUGUGAAUGGAAACCCCCAGAUGCAGUUGGGUGUGGGGUCACUUCUAUUGGGAGUGGGUGCCAUUCAACAAUGGUGGGGUCAUUACCUCACUACAACCAUCACUACACUUUUUAACUCAGCUCAUGCAUUCCUCUUUCCUCAAGAUCGGGUCUUCUCAUUGUUGGCAUACCUGGGGCAACAGUCAGUGCUGAGGAACCAGAAUCUGGGUGUUCUAUCAAGUGUGCUUGCUCAGUGUGCUCGCUUAUUGGCUCCCUUGCUUGCCAGUCCCCACCCCAGUGGAGGAUUUGUGAUGACCACAAUUGACUUACCAUUGCUUUCCUGGCUACUUCUUUUCUUGUCCCUUUGCCUCAGUGCCCUUCAGACAUCCCACAGUGAGACUCCUAAAGACAACAAGGGGGCAGGUAGAGACAGGUGGAAUUUCCUCUUGGGUGAUGCAGCUCUGCAUCACAGAUCAGGUGCAGGUGGGGGAGGAAGUGGAAGCAGAACAAGCUCUAAAGCCUUAGAACGCAGUCGCCUUUCCAAGAAGCUUCUUCAUCACAAACAACAGCUGCAAAAUAUAGAAGCCAUGAAGGCUGCUGCAGCAUCUGUUGCAAAGCACUUCAAGGACCUGAUAUCUCUACGUAUAUCUGAGGCCAGUCUCUUGCAUGGUGGAAGAGAUGGCAGGGAUGCUCAGGGCCAGUCAAAUGGCCAGCCUGGAACAAGUGCUCAGAUUUCUAUCUCUGAAGGGCCCCUGAAAAAAGAAGCUCUGUUCCUAAAGCAUGGAGAGUGUUUGAGUGUAGCAAAAGCUCUUCUUUCAUUGCUACUGUCUCCAGAUGCAUCAAUUCACUCAGACAUAUUCCUCCUCACUUUGAAGGUGCUGUCACAGCUGGCAAGUGCCUCCAACCCCCCUAUCUGUCUCCAUGAAAUUGCUCAGCUGGAAGAGGUGGAGCAACUCCUCCGCCUUGCCAUUGCAUCAAGGAAUGCUCAUGUGACUUGGGCUGGCUCAUGGACUGCGCAUGCUAUUAUGACUUUCCUUCAAGAUAUCCUGAAAGGGGAGCGUGAUUACCGUGAAAACAAUGAGUCCGAGGAUCGGCAAGAAGAAGAAAACAUUGGGGAGGCUGCAGUUGAGACAGAUGUUAUAGAUGUUCCUGAAGAUGGGGCAGAAUCUGGUGCUUCUUCUGCAAUGAAUGGAGAUAUUGCCAGUCCUCCUCCCUCAACUUCAAAAGGAAUUGACAGCUUGGACUUUAUGGAAUGGGAGGAGCCAUUGGGAUUCUUCUCCUCUAUGGAUGAUUCUGAAGACCUUUCUCAAGACCAGGUUUUGAUCCUCUCCUGUGAGGAGAUGCAGGCUCCAAAUAUACAAGCAGCUGUCGAUUUAGACAGUGAGAGUGACAGUGAUGAAGGAAUGCCAUCUUGGGAUGAUUUUGAGUCUACUGUUGAAGGCCUUAAAUUUCCAAGUAUGCCACCCAAGCAGACUUCAACUCCUGUUGCUCCAUCCAAUCUUCCUCCAAAAAAGGCCUGGGGAGGAAAGUUCUUGGGCAUGCAGCCAUCCAAACAGGGAUCCCAAAACUCCUUCUGCAAGGACCUGUUCAAAGACCUUUUGACAAACACUUCAUCCAGCCAAGGACAGAUACGAAUCUCAACGGGGAUGGAUGUAAGGCUAGAAGCAGGGAUAGGUCUCCUCCCAGAAAUUCGUCUUCAGGGCUUAUCAUUAGCAUUGGCCAAUGCUUUAUCCUCAGCAAUAUCUUCAAAUGCAGUGAUCCAGGAUAAUGGUGGAGCUGCGAGAAGACAAAGAUCUGAGAAUGCUAGUGGAUUGAUGAGCAUUGAACUCCUCACUACAUGCUUUGACCAUUUAUUCACUCAACUCAAUAAUAGAGUGGAUGCUGGAAGUGUUGAAAGCCUCCUUCAACUCUGGUUGCUGAUUAACUGUGAAGUUUUCUCUGAUGCAAGACCUGUCACAUGCCCAUCUUGUGAUCAGAGCAUUGUGCCUGUCAUAACACUCAGCCCUCUUGCCAUCUCCAGUCUCCUCUCUACUUUGGAUUGGCUUCCCCAGGUUGGGCCCAGUGUUGUGAAUGCAUUUCACACAUUCCUGGUGAGGCUGCAGCUCCGUUGUGAUGUGACUACCCCAACAAGUCAGCUUGGGAUCCAUCUGAAGACCCUUCUGUUGAAGCUUUUAUACCAGGUCACUUCAGGUGGCUCCAUCCAGAUGCUCCAUGGACCACUUGAUGCUCAAUGUCGAUUUGUGUCCCAGUUGCUCCUUCUUCACUAUGACAAUGUGGAUCCUGGCACCAUCAUGAGUGUGAUUGAAAGCAUUUGCUUGCUUGUGCACAAUGUGCUCAUGAACCCAAGCUUAUUGAAGUGCCGAACCUCAUCCCAGUCAGAAGAUCUUAGUUCUACCUGCUUUGGAGGAAUUCUCAGUUCUCUGAUGGCAAAUGCAGCAGCCUCUGAGGGCAACAAGCAGGCACAAGCAGCUACCAGAGAAGCUCUAUUUUGCAAUUUACUCCGUCUUGUGAAUCGCUUGAUCAUCACUCCACUGCCCAGUCGACAGUUGAGAGGUGGGGGAGGAGCUCCAUCCUGGUCAUCCACACGGGAAACCCCAUUGACUGACUCUUCUAAGAUCAGACAACAACAGCAACAACAACAGCUUCAGCAAGAACGAGGUGCCUCUCCUGCAUCCAGUGAAACAGAUGAGUCUAAAGCAAGCCAUUCCCAGUCAGCUGCACUGGCCAGACCACCAACUCCUCCUCGGUGUAGUCACCAGACACCUUUGGCCUCGACUGCUUUCAUGGCAGAUUAUGUUCUGGGAAAUCAAAGCAUCAUGAACAUGCUCUUGUCAUCCAUGUCACACUGUACUGGGAAUGCAUUAGCCAUGCUACUCCUGGAUGCUGACCCAACAUCAUGGGACCUCGAGGAUCGUGUGAUGUUUGGUGAUCCAACAUCCAUUGCCGAUGGCCUCUUCCAGCUUCUGAUGACCUUGAAUCAAAAAGCCUCCACCAUCAGUCUGGUGCUGAAUCCUCUCCAUACAUACCUUCUUGGAUCUGGUGGUGGCUUAGCCCCUCAUUCAAAUGUUCCACGACUCUCAAAGCCGCUGUUAUGGUUUGUGCUACGUGUGCUUGACUGUCCCCAGGCAGUGCGGGAAUUUAAUGCCAUGGGAGGAAUUCAGGGUCUUUGUAAUAACUUGGUUCGGUCUGCUUUGUCCAUGAGCAACCCCCAUCCAUCACUUGUUUCAACAAUGAUGCAGUACUUGAUUAAAGCUCAUGAGCCACCCCCAUCUUCCCAAAAGAAGUCAGAGCUUGCUUCCACUUCAACAAAUUAUGAUGGACUCAUCAAUAUAGCUCCACUGGGGAACAUCUGGUGUACCAGUCCUAGUGCACAGCACCCAGAGAUCCUGAUUCGUUCAUUGCCAGCUCAUAGAAGAGCUCGCACUCCAGCUUGGUCCCAUCAUUUCUUCCCAGGAGAUCCCACUGAGCAAUGGGUUGAUCUAAUACUCAACCUCCCAUGUGCUGUGCUCCUCAAGGAAGUCCAACUGCAACCUCACCUGUCCUCAUUGGCUACCUGUCCUUCAGUAGUUGGCAUUGAAAUCAGCCGGGAUCCCAGAUCCCCACUGCUGCCCUUGGGGGAGGCACUCCCUACCAGUGGCCUCACCCUUAUCCGAUUUCGCUUGACAAAGCCAGAAGUAGCUUCAACUAUCCUCCUAAGACUCUACAAACCCAAGGAUUCAUCAAACAUAGGUUUGAGCCAAGUGAAGGUGUAUGCUUCAACCACAUUUGGGGAUGCCCUCACCCAUUUAUCAUCUACAUCUGAGCUCUCCAAGGAAGAUCUUCAUCUGAAGCUCAGCAUGGGGUGGCUGAGGCUGUUGGAUCAUUGCCUGACAAUAGCAGAGACUCCCUCUCCAUCUCAAUCAGAUGGGGAGUUUCUUCAUUCCCAGCUGAUGAACUCUGUGAUGUCAGUUGGGACCAUGAUACCAGCCUCUGUUACUCUUCUCACAUCCCCUAUACCAACAUCAUGUAUCACUGGACUGGAACGUCUCCUCCUCCGUAUUGGGCUUCAGUAUCCCACUUCUUCGCCCCUCUUACUUGAGAAUCUCCUUCGUGUUGCCAAGUCUCCUCAUUCUCUUGGUUGGAAAGAACUGAGCGAUUCACGGGGAGUGGAUUCAGUGACAGAACUCCUCUUUCGGGUGUGUAUUGUGGGCCUAGGUGGGGAGUCAUCUUCUCAGAGUCGAACAUCAUCUCAUAUACAUCACCUUCUCCUUUGGCUGGUUGACCUGUCUCAUUCAGUCAUUCAAGCUCAGGUGAGUUACUCCUCAGAACAUGACAGGCUGAUUCAGCAAGAGUCAUCUCCUCCUGCAGUUUAUGUACACUGCAUUGCAGCCAUAUUGUGGCAAAGUUCAGAUGCCUCUGCUCUCAGUGAGAACCUUGUGAAGUCAUUGUAUCACUGGAGCAUGCACUUGCCUAUGAAGUCACUGUUGAAGAGAGCAAUAGAUUGGGUCCUGUGCUCUGUAUGUCACCUUGAGCCCCUUUUCCUUCUCCGCAUACUUGAAUGGAUGCACCUUGAACCCCCAGGCUCAGAAAGUGGAACUUCUAUGACAGAUGACAGAAAGGAUGAAGGAGGGGAUGUGCAGAUGUCUGUCACAGAUGAUGGGAAAGAAACCGAGGCUGGAUUGUGCUCUCAUGAGAACCACUUAUCAACCCUUGCUAUCAUUGCUCAGUCACCAAAGGCAGUGCAGCAAUUGAUUCGAACAGGAUUACCAGAUUUUCUUGCUCGAGCUCUGCAUGACUUUUCGAGGGGAGAAGGUGAAAGAGAGGCAGACAUUAGUGAUUCAUCUGGACCUGGUGGCACAUACCUGACUGACAUGGACAAGGCGUCAAGAGUUUCUAGGAUUGCUGCAUGGAAGGUGGAUAAGAGCCUGGCAAGAGGGAUCCUAAGCAUGUUCACGGAGCUGUGUGGUGAAGGGGAAUGGAGGGACUGGGCAGGUGGACCUCAGGGAAGUAUAUUUUGGACUCCCCUUCUGAGCAAGCUCUCUGCCUCCUCACAUUCUUCAAUGAGGAAUGAGGAAGAUGGAGCAUUGGAGGAGGCAGCUAUUAGAUUCUUUGCCGCAUGCUGCUGGGCUCAUCCAUCCAAUCAGCAGCUGCUUGCUUCUGCUCUUUACUAUCUCAUUUCCAUCCAGGAGAAGAUUGCUCCAGUUGCAUCAGCGGUUUUGCAUGGGAUGACGGGAUUUGCGAGGCGGUGUGUUCUGCAGCUGCUUCUUGAGAGUGAGAAGAUCUAUGUGCACAUAGAAGGGAAAGAAAAGCUGAAGAAGCAGUCAACACUGGGGCUCAUCACUCAUCCUCGAUUUGGUGCAGGUCAUCGACAUUUUGUCCUUUACACCAACCUCUCCACUUCCUGCUCAGAUCUCAUCAAGUCAAUCACUGGGAAAGACACUACUGGAAGCCAAGGAAACCCAGAGGGAAAGGAAGGAUUGCAAGGGGAUUGUACCAUUGCCACAGAUGCACUCAGGAAAGACAUAAACAACUAUGGCCUCGAAUUGGUUGACCACUUGGCCACAGGGCUCCUGGCACGAGACAGUGAAAAAAUGGGGAAUCAGAGCCCUGACGGAUGGGAGGGCAUUGCAUCAACAUCCAAUCGAUCUCCUGAGGUGGAGGCCUACCUCUCCCAUCCCAAAAUACCUGGCACAUUCCUCUCGGGCUCCUGUACGAUUGGGAAGAUCCUUGCAUAUCUCCAUUCCAGGGGGCAUUCUCUUAGUGCCCCUGUGGUCUCUCUCACACUAAGACAAGCACCUGGUUCUGGAAAAGCAUCUGCAGGUGGAGAUCCAGAAGGAGAGAAAGAAGAGGUGCUCUCAGAAAUUUUUCCAUUAACCAGUACCCUUCAGGUCUUUGCCAAGAUGGGAGGCCUGGCACUGAUUGCACAGCGUCUCCCACUCUUCUAUCUCAACAUGCCUUGUGAAGUUGGCUUGACCCCUGGUUCACAAAGUAGUCAUGCAGGGAUGUAUGGGGAAAACGAUGGGGACUGGAUAAAGCUAGAUGAGGAAAUCUAUGAUGAAUUCUCUGUGGCUGACAAUUACUUACUGGUUGAUGGCCAUGCAGUCGGACCCAGGAGCAACCACAGCGCACUCCUGACAUUCCCUCCACAUUCUCUUUGUGCUUUUCGCAUGUUUCUUGAAUUACCUGGGUAUGCUGAGGUUGUCCUUCAAGAUGCUCAACCAGCACAGUGCCUUCUCAGGCUUUGCCUUGGAGUCAUGCAUGAUGGAGAUGGACGUGAGAUCUUCGGACUGCCAUUGGCUGCAUCGCUUCCAUAUUCCCCAUUCACAUGGCUCACAAGCCUCUUGUCCCAGUGGCCUUUGACAACUGAUGAUGGAGUGCUGCUGAGGCGGAGAGCUGUAGAAACAUGGUCAUUGCAUCUCAUCCUCACGUGCCUUGCUGCUCUCAGUCGGCAAUCAUGCAACAUCCCACUUGCUGGUCCCUAUGAGAAACUCAUAGUUGGUGCCAUGCGAACCAGUUUGUCCAUGCCAGCCCCCACUGCCUGGCAACCUCCAGCAAAUGGCAGUAAUGGGACUGGUGGCACCACAUCUGCCACCACCAACACCACCACCACUACCACCACCAGCAAGGUCUCUGUCUACCCACAGCCUCCAAAUGAAGAGAAGUCCAUGAAUUAUUGGGCCAAGGGGACUGGAUUUGGGACAGGAAGCACUGCACCUGCAUGGGAUGUGUCCCAAGCACUUGCCAGGCAGCGGCAUCUUGAGGAACAUGUGGCUGGACUUUUGCGUGUCAUUGCAGCUUUCAUCAAUCCAAGUGAAAUGAAAAAGUCACAGCGAAAUGGGAAUGGAGAGGGAACAGAAACUGAUGGAAGCCACCUUCUCCCAUCCUGCCUACCCACAUUGCUUCAGCAGUCCUGUCUCCAAGCCACCAUCUGUGCCUAUUUGAGGAAUGACUCAGUUCUGGACAUGGCACGGCACGUCCCCUUGUACCAGGCCGUGCUGGUCCUCAUCCGAUGCCUGGCCAAGAGGCAGUGUCUCGUGAGGUUGCUACUCUCUCAGACUGCCAACAAUUCUGAGCCUCCAUCACAGCAUGAAGGGGGGAUCCUCCCUCUUCUUGCUCAGAUGAAAACUUGUGUGGAUACCUAUGCUAGUCGGCUUAGUCGAGGAAGGGUUGGGGAGAAGGCAAAGACCAAGGAAGAAGAGGAGCAGGAUGAAGGACUGGCUCAACUUAUUCCUGACAUUCAACAUACCUGUGAUGUUGUCAAGGAGGCAACAAGUAAUCUGGUGGUCAUGCAAAGGCAGAUAGAGGAACAUGAAGCAUCUGGUGAACUAACUGUGAUCCCAGCAUCUCCCAAGGUCUCACGGCAAGAACGAUAUCUUGAAGUCAUGAAGGCUCUCCAAUUUGAUACUUAUGAGAUGAUGGUGGAGGAUGAGGAUGGAACAGUACGUUUCACAGUCGCCUUCCACUUUGAGGCAAAUGCAAGAGGUGCUGCCGAGCGAAGUCGUCCGAUGCGGAUGAAGCGCUUAGCUCAAGAGACAGUCACUCUUUCUACUGCUCUCCCACUGUCUUAUUCCAGUGGGGUUUAUGUACGCUGUGAUCAAGAUCGACUGGACAUCAUGAAGGUGCUGAUUACGGGACCAGAAGACACACCAUAUGCAAAUGGUUGCUUCGAGUUUGAUGUAUUCUUCCCAGCCGAUUACCCUCAGAGCCCAAUGCAGGUUCACCUUGCCACAACAGGCCGACACACGGUACGAUUUAACCCAAAUCUCUACAAUGAUGGAAAGGUAUGCCUGAGUGUCCUCAACACAUGGCAUGGGAGGCCAGAAGAAAAGUGGAAUCCCCAGGCAUCUAGUCUCUUGCAGGUGUUGGUAUCAAUCCAGAGCUUGAUCCUGGUAAAUGAGCCAUACUUCAAUGAGCCAGGCUAUGAAAGGUCUCGUGGGACUCCUGCUGGGACAGCCAGCUCCCGGGAAUAUGAUUCCAACAUCCGACAAGCCACUGUGCGGUGGGCCAUGCUUGAGCAACUUAGAAACCCUUGUCCCUGCUUCACUCAGGUAAUAAAAAAGCAUUUUUGGAUGAAACGGAAGGAUGUGACAAAACAGAUAGAAGGCUGGAUCACAGAGAUGGAGGGAUAUUCAACAGACAAACGCACUGGCCGCUCGAUCUCUCUCAACACCCAGGCACUUAGGCGGCACUUUGCCCAGCUGAAAGAGGAACUGGGGAAGAUGACUCCACCCGUGGAGGACUUCCCGAGCGAUGAGGACAACGACCCCGACCGUGAUCAUGACAGAAAUGGGGACCAGAAGGAAGAUGACAAGGAGAAGGGGGUCCAAGUGGUCAAUUCUCGCUCUCAGGGGACCCAGGCCUCGGGGGGUGUGAAGACCAUCCGUGUCUGAUUCUCUCCUGCUAUUUAUUUCUCCCAAAGAUGCAGCUGAGAGAUGCCUGGUCCAGUCUGUACGUGCAUUUCUGGUGAUCGGUAGAAUGGUGCCCUGAAUAUUUCUGCAUAAUGAAUGUUUUCAAUGUACACCUAUGAGAAACAAGAAACCUAUAUGUCAUGAUCUUGAACA